CUAAUUAUUAUCACGCUUUGGUCUGUACCAUCUUGAAAUGUAGUCGUCCAAGUUACAAAUGGCGGUUCACACGAACUAGAAGGUUCUUCACAAAAACAACGACGUUCUGACACAUACAGCGUAUUCCUGCACGUGGUUUAAGUUUGAUUGUGAAGCUCAUAACCUAUAAACAUGGUAGAUAAGCCUCAGAUCAUUGCGCACGUGGAGAAGUCUCUAAACUUCACGUUGUUUGACUGCAAGUGGAUUCCUUGUAGUGCUAAGUUCGUUGUGCUGGGCAACCAUGCCCGAGGUACAGGUGCCUUGCAGAUCUAUGAAGUGUCCAAAGGAGAGGUCAAACUGCUGAAAGAGCGUGAAAAGGCCAAAGCUUUCAAGUGCGGCACCUUCGGAGCAGCAAGCCUUCAGCAAAGGAACCUUGCAACUGGAGACUUUGAUGGGAAACUGUCAAUUUGGGACUUGGAAAAUGUGGACACUCCAGUAUAUCAUGCCCCAGCCCACAAGGAGAUCAUCAACUGUAUUGAUGGAGUGGGAGGCCUGGGGAUUGGGGAGGGAGCUCCUGAGAUUGUCACUGGCAGCAGAGAUGGUAGUGUGAAGGUAUGGGACCCUCGACAGAAGGAUGUGCCUGUAGCAACAAUGGAACCCUCUGAGGCAGAGGCAAGGAGAGACUGCUGGACUGUAGCCUUUGGGAAUGCAUACUCCCCAACAGAGAGAUGUGUAUGUGCUGGUUAUGACAAUGGAGACAUUAAGCUGUUUGAUCUAAGGAACAUGGCCUUACGAUGGGAGACAAAUGUCAAGAAUGGGGUGUGCAGUGUGGAGUUUGACAGGAAGGACAUCAACAUGAACAAGAUGGUGGCAACCACUUUGGAAUCCAAAUUCCAUGUGUUUGACAUGCGUACUCAGCACCCCACAAAAGGAUUUGCCUCUCUUUCAGAAAAGGCUCACAAGUCUACUGUGUGGCUAACCAAGCAUCUUCCCCAGAACAGAGAUGUGUUCAUGACUUGUGGAGGGAGUGGUACUCUUAACCUGUGGCAGUAUUCAUACCCAGACAAGAGGGUGAAAGCAGAUGACAAGGGCGUGGAGAUGGGCGUGGCAGGGACUGUGUCACUUCUACAGAAUGUCACGUUAUCCACACAGCCAAUAGCAGGGUUUGACUGGAGCCCUGACAAAGCUGGUCUGUGUGUGUGCACUGCAUUUGAUCAGUGUUUGAGGGUGCUUAUUGUCACUAAACUCAACAGACUGUAAACUUUUCAUAUGAUGUUUUGGCAGAUCUUUUGAAUGGAGAAAAACACAGCAGUAUAUUUGCAUUGUCAGUUUAUUACAGAGAUUAUCUAAUUUUACUAUAGCUCUUAGUCUUGAAGUAGCUGGCCAUUGUUGGUUGAAGAGAAUGAUGACUUUAAUGCUUGGUCACCUUUGUUUAAUGCAAUGUUUGUAACUUUGUACUACACAAGUCGUAUCAUAGGUAAUGUGAUAGGCUAUCAUCUAUCAUGGUAGAGAGAACCUACAUGUGCCUGGUUCUGUAAGAUGUGUUACACUUGCAAAAAGCACACUGCAUAUUAAGAAUUAGCAACAGACCUUUUGAUCCCAUUGCAUUAUGGUAGAUGUGCACUAUGGUUAGCAAAGGGGGACACACCUCCCAGAAUGCAAUGGGAUCUGUGGUAUAAGACUAUAGUAAAGCACAACAGCUGCUCAACACAUUGUACAGUAGACUUCAAUUAUGUAGCAUUUGUGAUUGGGUGAAAAUAACAAACAAUUUCAUGAAAUAGUGAAAUAUCACAAGAUUUAGCAUGUGUCUAACAUAAAUCAUCUUGGUCUGUUGAUAUAUUUCAAAAUAGUUCUUCAAUAUCUGUUCUAAAUAUUUGUACAGAUGCAACAAGACUUUUCUGGUAAUUUGGUGAUUUAGUCUCUAUUCCAUUAAUACAAGCUGAAUUUACCA